CAGUACAGGAAAUGGAUGCUAGUUGCUGCCUGUUCAGUGUGUUGUUCUUCUUUCUGGUUGGGUCGUGCCAGACGGAGUCCUCCUAUAUAAGCCUUUUGUACUGCCAGCGACUGGUGCCAUCGGCAUUUACUUCCGCUUUCACUCCUUGCAGAUUUCCAUGUGUGCUAAAAUACCUAAGAGCACCUUUCAACAUUGUUAUGCGAUCUGAGCCCGAUGGAACACCGUGCAAGGACCUUGCCAGUGCUGGGAAUGGAUGCUAGUUCCCGCCUCAUCAGUGUUUUGUUCUUCAUUGUGGCUGGGCCAUGCCAGACGGAAUGCACCUACGGAAGCAUUUUGAAUUGUCAGCGACUGGUGUCACCCGCUGUUACUUCUGUUUUGACUCCCUGCCAAUUUCCCUGUAUAAUUCCAUACCUAAGAGCACCUUUCAACAUUAUUGUGCAACCUGAACCCGAUGGAACACCGUGCAGGUAUAUGGGCCACUGCAAUGAAGGGGCCUGUCUCGAUAUUGGGAAUCAUGCUGCAGCAGAACACUACCAAUGGGGCCCCAUCUCCGACAUAAGAAGUUACCACAAUAGCAAUACCAAUGGCGACAGUCAUACUGGUAGCACUGUCCUCUCAACUAGUGGCGGCUAUGCGACAUCCGGCUUUCUCAGUGAAACAAAUCUCAAUCGGCAUACUGACCAAGUUAUCAACGAAAAUGACGCACGUUUAUUUGCCAGAGAACUAAGCGCCCGAAAGUCACGUCAGCAACUGUUACGUAUGAAACGUGCUGCUCGAAGCUCGAACGAGGAAGGGCACGAUGGCCUCAAAAUGCAUGAAAGUGGAAAAUAUGUUGCACUGGCAAGAUUCAGAAGGAGCAAUAAAAAGCGCAGACGAAACAGAAAUCGUGGUCGUCCUCAAAACAAUUAUAACAGAAAUCGGUAUUACAAUGGAAACAUGCGUGGAGCAGGAAGCGGCCCGUACGGCCCGCCGUACGCUCCACACAACCCUACUGUCAUUGUAGUUGACUCGCCACGUAAAAAAGGUAGUAGAGGUAGUACUGCUUUGAAAUUAGCGGCUGGCGGUUUGGCCGCAGGUGCCGCGGGUUACGCCGGUUACAAACUCGCUGGAGGAGGAAGCACGCACGGACACACAAGUUCCAGCGGAGCUGGAGGUACAGAAGACAAAAACCCGCAACCUAAGGAAACCGGCCCGACAGUGAGUGCAGUGAGCACUCCAGCCACCACGACAGGGAAUCCAGUCGAGGAAGGAAGCAGCACGGAUAAGGGCGCUGGUGGUGCAGGAAACGACGACAAGGAGAAAACCGACGGCACUGAAGCCGGCACGACAACGAAAGCCGAGGGCAGUGGAACGGACGUGACCGGGACUGCUGGUACCGACGGGAAAGAGAAAACCACGAGUAGUAAAACCGACGUGACAGGGGAAACCGGAAAUGACAAGCCCGAGAAAACUGAUAAUACUGGAACUAACACGACCGAGGCCAUCAAUAGUAAAUCCACCGACCUUACUGUGAAAGGUCAGGAUACUGGAACGAACGCUACCGAGAAAAGCACCCCCAAUGGGGACAGUUCUAGUUCUGCGCUUCCGGCAGCAGCGGUGCCCACGGCAGCAACGAGAAGACGAAAAGUUUCGAUGAGAAUUGACGAAUCUGGCAUUCACUUAGACGUUGACGCAGGCACUGAAGGGCGCGGCACCUAAAAAUAAAACAAAUAGUAGACCGGAGGCAAAUCUUCAACUAACGAACAUAAAUGACGUUGGCAGAGGAGUCUUCUAAGAAGCAGUUUAACUGGCACUUGCGAGAGUUGCGAUGUCGCCGCAGGUAACGGAGUAUAGACAGGUCAAUUCAAACACUUCAGACUAAUUGGAUUAGUAGGGGCGUCGAUCGCUUAGCAUUAGCGAAAAAAUAAGCAUGUGAUUAUACCACCGUGCUUAUUGGCUUAUUGGCGAUUUGGAUAAUAUUUCAGCUUAUUGGCGAUUUCGAUAAUAUUUCAGUGAUAUUUUUUCAACCGGCAACUCGCAUUUUGGGGCUGCAGAUUUGACUACCAGAGGCCGCAUUGGGAAACAAUUUUCACCAAGUGGCAACCCAUAGGCCGCAGCUUAAAUCUAAACACGCAGGAGGUUUUGCAUUCCCAUUCCUUAUUGAUUCCUCUUAAUCUCAAUUCGCAAGACGUCAACAUAGGUGAGUUAUAUUAGCCAGUGAAAGAAUUCAUUAAGUAAAACGUAUAUGCUUUCGCACCAGAAGAUUACCAGCGGAUAUUUCGAAAGUCAUAUUAACGGAAGAGUCGCCGGUAUAUGCGCGAGCUUCGGGCAAUGACCGGCUUCAAUUUCGUCGUUUAUAAAGGCAGUCGUAGAACUUGAAUGUAGCUUAAAGUAAUCGAACGUUACUUUGUGAUUUUAUUAUGGCAACUUAACUGUACAUUAUAGGAUAUAUUUUGCAGGUUAUCUCAGCGUGGUAAAAUAUCACAGCUGAACUAGAUGUGUUGUGUCAUGAGCCAAAAGUGAUUUUUGAUUCGCAGAAAAAAAAUUUGCAUAAUAAGUAAGUAGCCUAACUUUUCCUAUGCUUAUGUUUAAUAAAAUGCUUUUUUGUUUUCUUAUGUUUUCGUUGCUCUGCGUUCAUAUCAUUUUUUUCUCCUCACAGUAGGGUAACCGUGUUAGGCGUGAAAAAGAGACUUCAAUGCAAUCAGGGAAUAAAUGUACUUGCUACCUUUAUUGG